AUGGAUCUCUCUCCUCUCGCUGACAGAUGUGGGAGACUAACAUUCCACAUAGUCCUGCCCUACAGCUUCCCCCACUACCCCUGUAUAGAAGCAGCUGUCAGAGCCACCUACCACAAGGACAUAUGUGGCAACUGCACCGUAAGUGAAAGCACACUUCUUAAGGGAAUUACAGAUAUUUAAUUUCUGUUUGACUCGUCAUUUGAAAACACUACUGUCUGCAGUAGCGCUCCAUAGGAAUAUAAUUUCUAGAACAGGAACACCCCUAGAAUGGGAACUGAAUCUGAAUAGCUAACCAAAUAAUGAGAUCUAUCUGUGGCUCUCCCAGGUGAUGUAUUUUUAGCUUGUAUCUAUUUUGUUAACUUUAGUGUGUUCUACUAUUAUGCAGGUGGACUCCAACUCUACUUCCUCAGCUGGGUGUAACAGCAGCCAGAGAAACAAGUCUCUGAGCAGCGCAGGGAUGGGUGUUAACGAGACAGACAGCACAGUGGCAGAUACAGUGAGGCAGAUUGAAGUCGCUACUGUCGGCAACCCAGCUCCAACUGAUGGACACCAGAUGUUGUCUGAGGGGGGUGUUAAUAUGCUAAACAUACAUCACCAUCAGCACCAGCAGCAACAUAACUACCAGCAGCAACAUAACCAGCAGCAGCAACAUAACCACCAGCAGCGUCAUAACCACCACAACCUUGGGUCAGACACAGAUAAACAGGACUCCAAUUAACAUCAUCUGUGUAGUUUCUGA